GUGUGACAUCGUGGAUCACAGAGGAUUGAAAUUUUAAGAGGAGUCCACAGUUGCCAAGGUAUUUCACGGCAUACCACCCCGAUAUAAUGUGCGUUAUUAGAUAGCCACGCGUUGCGACGGAUUCAUAAAAAAUAAGAAGUCAACGUUACAGAAACGCAGGCACCAGGACAGUCACUGCACAGACUACGUCCCUGCUCCUCCUUCAGGUUGUUAUUGUGACAAAUAAUUCCCGCACCUAAAAACAAUCAAAAGAGAUGUUCUUCAAGGUGAGCUUCGGCCUCGUCCGGGCGGGACCGGCGCUGACCCGAAACGUGCACUCGGGAGUCCGGACUGCCUCCGCAACUGCCUCAAACCUCAGGAGGGUAGAGCGCCCCCUGUCUUCCGAAGAGGUGUUUGCCCGGGAGGAAAAGUAUGGCGCCCACAACUACCACCCACUUCCCGUGGCGCUGGAGCGAGCAGAAGGCCUGCAUGUGUGGGACGUGGAAGGCAACAGGUACUAUGACUUCCUGAGCGCGUACAGCGCGGUCAACCAGGGCCACUGCCAUCCCAAGAUCAUUGCCGCUCUCAAAGACCAGGCCUCCAAGCUCACCCUCACCUCGCGGGCCUUCUACAACAACGUGCUGGGCGAGUACGAGGAGUUAAUCACCAACCUGUUUGGGUACCACAAGGUCCUGCCCAUGAACACAGGCGUGGAAGCUGGUGAGACGGCCUGCAAGCUGGCCCGUAAAUGGGCGUACAGCGUGAAGGGAAUACCCAAGUACAAAGCCAAGAUUGUUUUCGCAAACGGAAAUUUCUGGGGACGCACCAUGGCGGCCAUCUCCAGCUCCACUGACCCCAGCAGCUAUGAUGGCUUCGGCCCCUUCAUGCCUGGCUUUGAGCUCAUUCCCUACAACGACCUGCCUGCACUGGAGCGGGCGCUGCAGGACCAGAACGUGGCCGCCUUCAUGGUGGAGCCCAUCCAGGGCGAGGCUGGGGUGGUGGUUCCAGACCCGGGGUACCUCACCAAAGUGAGAGAGCUCUGCACCCAGCACAACGUGCUGUUCAUCGCCGACGAGGUGCAGACGGGGCUGGCCAGGACGGGGCGGAGGCUGGCUGUGGAUCACGAAGCCGUGCGUCCAGACCUGGUGCUCCUGGGCAAGGCGCUGUCUGGGGGAGUCUACCCUGUGUCCGUGGUGCUGUGCGACGACGAGGUGAUGCUGACCAUCAAGCCCGGGGAGCACGGCUCCACGUACGGAGGAAACCCUCUCGGCUGCCGGGUCGCUAUCGCCGCCCUGGAGGUCCUGGAGGAGGAGAAACUGGCAGAGAACGCUGAGAAGAUGGGCCAGCUGCUACGGGCGGAGCUAAGGAAGCUGCCCAGCGACGUCGUCACCAUGGUGAGGGGCAAGGGCCUCCUCAACGCCAUCGUCAUCAAGGAAACUAAAGAAUAUGACGCCUGGAAGGUGUGCUUGCGCCUGAGAGACAACGGUCUACUGGCCAAGCCCACGCACGGUGACAUCAUCAGGCUGGCCCCUCCCCUCAUAAUCAAGGAGGACGAGAUCAGAGAAUGUGUGAGAAUCAUUCAAAAGGCAAUCUUGUCCUUCUAAAGCCGCUGACCCCAGGGCAGUACCAUGUAGUUCCUCCAUGGACGACACCCUCCUUUGGUGAUUUCCGAUUUAACCUUUUGCUGUGGACUAAAUUUACAUAGAAAAUAAAAAAAAUAGAAAAUAAUUGCACAGUUAAAUGUUUCUGUUUCAAUACGCCUUUAAUAAAUAUACAGAAUUAAUGUAUACAGAAAGGACUCUUUUCCACAUGUCAGGGGUGCACAAUGCCAGUUUUGGAGGGCGGGUGAGUGUGCUGGUUUCCAACCAAUUAUCUUGCAGUCAGUGGCUGCAGCUGGUGCUUAUGCAAAUGUCAGAUCACGAUAUGAUUACGUUAAUUAUAUAAUAAAGAGCAGAAUUUGGCACAAAUUCCUGAAAUUGACCAGCCCUUGAUGUGCACCCCUUUCAUGUGCCUUGAGCCGUCUGAAGAGAAUGUGUAACAGACUCUAAACUUCAAAGAUGUAAAGUAUGUGCAUAAUUAUGGGCUCUGUGGUAUCAAAUCUUUGUUUGAGUCCUGAGUAUGGGAUUUAAGAAAAUGUUACAUGUUAAAAUGUUGUUAACUUGUUAAAAUUGCUUAGAAAAUUGUACAAUUGUUACUUUUCAAUUAAUAUAUCAUAAAAAUCCUUUUGAGGACCAAAGCACUGUUUGGUCAAACCAGAAUUGUUUCCUUUUGUUUUGAAAGCGUUCAGAGGAAAAAGCAUGUUUUGUCAAAUUAUUGAAAUGCUUCUGUUCAGCCCUUAUUAAUUUAAGUCAUAUUUUCAACCUCGGUUGCCUUUUGCAGGUUUUGUGUUCACAACACAGCUUCUGUGUUACUGGGCACACCUGUUUGCCUGUGGUGUUACAUGUGAGUACUCUUGAGUUUCUUAGCUUUGGGCUGCUGAGAGAACCAACUGAAAACAAGGGUGAAAUGGAGGUGGGAGAAGAGGCCAGUCCUCCCACCAAGACAGCUGAAGUUCAGACCUUCCAGCGUUAGUUUCACUGACACCCGGCAAUUUCACAAUUCGAUCAGUUAGGCGUUAUGGCAGUAUUAUGCUCAGGGUGAUCAGUAAUGCUCUGAUGGAGAUUUCCCAUCAGCACAUGCUGUAGGCUGACUGGAAUUCAUAGACUGAACUUGGCUGUUGCACUUUAAAAAAAUUUUUUUUACCAUUUUUUACAACUGCCCAGAUUUACACUUGUAUAAUUUGGAAUAUACUGUUUGUGCGUCGUGUUUCCUCUGGUGAUGUUAUUUCUUUGGAGUUUAUUUGUAAAGAGUGCUUUGGUUUCAGUUCUGGAGAAGUGGUUUAAACAUCGGUAUUCUGUUGCACGUUGAAUAUGUCUUAAUCAUCAAUAAUUUGUUGUAAGUUGUUCCAGAAUAUUCUUAUAAUAAAUUUAUGGAGGAUCCA